GACCUAGAUUCAGAACAAAAGCACCUUGCAACGGAAGAGGAAGGUUUCAACUAGAAAGACACGUUUAAUCGCCAUUUUGAAUCACCGCUGAGGCAGAAUUUCUGUUCAGACACAAAAUCAUGAGUUAUGGCAGAGAUGGAAGAAAUGGGCCCCCUUCAACGGAGGGUAUGGUAUCUCUAAAAGUGGACAAUUUGACCUACAGAACUAGACCCGAAGAUUUACGUCGGGCAUUCGAUAAAUAUGGAGAAGUUGGCGACAUCUACAUUCCACGCGAUCGCUUUACUAAAGAAAGUCGUGGAUUUGCUUUCGUCAGGUAUUAUGACAAAAGAGAUGCUGAAGACGCCAUGGACUCAAUGGACGGUGCUAUGAUGGAUGGAAGAGAAUUGAGGGUGCAAAUGGCAAGAUACGGCAGACCAUCAAAUUCUAGAGGACAAGAUAAUCGAAGACGAGGAGGUGGAGGGGGGUACCACGGCAGAGAUCGUGAACGUGAUGGUGGUGGCCGCUCAAGAUAUAACAGUCAUAGAUCCAGAUCAAGAUCCCGAGACAGAUAUUCAAGAAGGCGAAGAUCCUACAGCAGGUCCAGAUCUCGAAGUCGAUCACGAAGCAAAUCUCGAUCAAGAAGUGCUAGCAAAUCAAGAAGCAGAUCACCAUCAAAGUCUCCAGUUAGAUCCAGAUCUGCCUCUCCAAUGGAGAAUGGAGAAAAUGAAUGAAUAUAAUGGACUGGAGGGGGGAACUUGAAUGCAAAUAAUAAAAAAAUCAUCAUCCAACACAGACAGAAUGCUAUUUGUGAAACACAUAUCUGUUUCGUAGACAACUCUUGUUUACUGAAUUGUUGCCUUUCAGUAUUAAAGGUAACAUGCCUUCUUUUGUAUGUGUUUUAGUGUUUCAUAUUGUGUUUUAUAAUUAAAUAAAUUUUAUUUGUCCUUCUCAGCAACUUGAUUUGUUUUAAGGACACGAUAAAAUAUUAUUACCAUAAUGUAAAGAAUUGUCUUAUAGUUUACGUAAUUUCAGAUAUUGUUGUUUUUAUGUGUAGUGUCCUUCGUUUAUCAUUUUCAUCUAUCAUUAUUCGCAUACAUUCUGUAUAAUAAGAAUAAAACGUUUUCAUUCACUAA